AGGAGCAGGAGACCCCUUAGCUCGAUUGCACCCUGAGGCCUUGAGACACCACACUUCUUGCGUCUAUAAAAAGAGCUUUCCUCCUCGAAGGAAGCAACAGCAGACCCUCUCCUACUGAGCGCCUCAUCACAGAGCAGAGAGAAAGCAGAGGAGAAGGAGAGACAGUUAGGAGUCGCCACUCUGGGAGAUUUGUGGACAAACGCAGGGAGAAGCACAAGACUAGAAGAAAAGGACACUGUUGGAAAAGGCUGAAGAUGGUGUAUCUAUGUUGGUUGCUAGUGGUGAUGAUGGCAUACGUGUGUGUCCCCGGGUUUGGGUCGGUGUGCUGGGAGAGCUCCGUCUGCAACAACCUGAUCGACAAGGAAAGCAUACUGGACUGUAUCGACCUCUGCAUGUCUGUGAUCCAGAAUGAGUUCCCACAGCUCAGUGCGUUGGCCCUGAAGGUUAAUGACGAGGAACUCCUACUCAACAUCAUUCUGGCCACCCUGGUGUCCGAAGACAAGUUACCAGAAUCAGAUUUGAAAGCCCACAGCGACCUGCGACGCUCCUAUUCUAUGGAACAUUUCCGCUGGGGCAAACCCUCUGGCCGUAAACGCAGACCUGUAAAGGUUUUUGCCUCUUCUCUGGAGGGUGGAGGCUCAUCUGAGGGCAGUUUCCUCCCUCUGACUCGCAGACAGCUGAGCAGUUACGAGGAAGAAGUAAAGGGGGAGCCAAAUGGAGGAAGUAAAAAACAAGGAUCGCAGAGAGCGAGGGGCAGCUCUAAGUCACAUGUCCCUUUGAGCACUCAGGGGAGAAAAGAUGCAACCUAUCGGAUGAGUCACUUCAGAUGGGGGAGCCCACCUGCCUCGAAACGUAAUGGUAGAUUUCUGAAGCCGUGGAAGGCGAAACCUCAAGGGCAACUGUCCAGCUCUUCAUUAACAUUAUAGUCAAGGAUGUGCAGAGGAUAAUGGGCUGAAUGGAAGAUGGAGGAGAGGGGGAGGGCCAGGUCAUGAAAAGAAUCUCAUAGCCAUUGCAUGUUAUUACUCGCAGGUCUUAAUUUUAAAUUACUGAAACUUGUUACUAUCAUUAGCAUGUUGCUGAAUGUCUUUCCUGGGCCAAUGGUGUGACUCAUUACAGCCUUAAGAUAAGAAACAAGGCAUUUUUAUGUUGAAUAAAAACAAUGAUGCAACCACA